GGCCAUGGAGGCACUGUGUUCGCUGUCCACUGUACCACAGGACCUCGCGGUGAACACAACGUAUUUAGUGCCACUCGCUGGUCAGACUCUUGUCCUGCCCGGAUCUUUGUUUACCUUGAGAACCUGACAGUACAUGCUGGACCUUACACCUCUGUGAACACUCCUAACCAAGGACAGUAAUUAUUAAACACAGUACACGGUCUCCUGGCUAUCUCUAAGGUGUUGGCGGGGAGAACAGCACCACAGACGCUCGACGUGUGUGUGUGUGACGUGGAGAUAGAGCGAGUGACAGGUUGCUACCAGCCACAGUUCCCAUGAGAACGGAACCCGGGACGAUAGAGACAGGAGUUAUGGAGGGCAGCAGGAGAGAGUCCGAGGGUGGUGAGACUCCGAUUACUCUCCUCCAACCCACCAGCACAGACCCCGAGGAGGACCCAGAGAAAUUCAAGCUCUCGUUACUGGAUUGUGAGGGAGGCUUCGACCAGGUCCUGGAACUGGCUGGGUCGUGGGGCUUAUGGCAGAAGAAGGUGUUCGUCAUCUCUCAUUUAGCCCAGGUGUUCUGUGCCAUGCAUGCUGUGUCGGCAGUGUUCCUGAGCUUCACACCUGACCACUGGUGUAAUGUACCCGGCCUCAACGACACGGUACAGGAGAUGGUCGACCCUCCCUUACACCCUCACCACCUCAAGAACUUCUCCAUCCCUUGGACAAGUAAGAAUGGGUACGCCAAGUGUGAGUACUACAACCACAACUACACGACCCUCCUGCCCCAGCUGGUGACCGAGGAGGGUCCAGGGCUCCACCACCUGCCCAUCAACGCCUCCACCACCACCUGCGACAGCUGGGUCUUUGAUGAGUCAUUGUUCCAGUCUACCUUAGUAUCUGAGUUCUCCCUGGUGUGUGGCCGCCGCUGGAUGAUGGCCACAGUACAGGCGUCCUACAUGAGUGGCCUCCUCCUAGGUUCCCUCGUCAUGGGCCAACUCUCUGACAGGUUCGGGAGGCGGAAGAUGUCGGUGAUGUGCGGGAUGGCGGUGGUCGUGAUAGGGAUAGUGGCCAGCUUCGUCAACACCUACAUGCAGUUCCUCGCCCUUAGGUUCAUCAUUGCUUUCCUCUGUUCUGGUCUCAUGGUCAUCAACUUUGUCCUGGUGAUGGAGGUGGUAAAGCCCAAGGCACGAACAUUAACCGGCAUGAUGUACGCUCUCUUCUUCGGCCUGGGCAUCACCAUCCUGCCUGGGUUCGCUUACUUCAUCAGGGACUGGCGAUACCUUGAACUGGCUAUUGGCUUGUUUUCCUCCUCCCUCAUCGCUUAUUACUGGAUACUGCCGGAGUCCCCGAGGUGGCUGGCUUCCCAAGGUCGCGUGCAGGACGCCCUAGUGAUCCUGAAGGACAUCGCGCGGACAAACAAGAAGAAGUUGCCAUCUGACCAACAAAUCCUCAGGCUCAUCUCCCGAGUCCAUGAUAAGGAAGUAGAAUCAUCAACAGAGACACAGCCAACCAAGUGGUACUCAGGAAUUGUCAACACAGUGUGCGCGCAGAUGACACUCGUUCGAACCCCAGUGAUCCGUCGGAGGUGUUUGAUCUCGUUUUUCCUGUGGUUCGUGGCUGCCAGUGUAUACUACGGCCUUAUCUUCUCCGGCACUAACAUCAAGGCUGACCCAUUCCUCAUGAUCUUCAUCUCAGGACUGGUCGAGUUUCCCUCAGCCAUUGUGUUCAUCUCUGUUUUAGACAAGUUCGGUCGACGCCCGACUAUGUGUGGCUUGUUCGUGGCGUGUGGGGCCUGCCUCCUCGCUAUCCUUGCUGUGCCUGAGGACCAAAUCUACGUCAACUUCUUCUUAGUCAACCUGGGCAAGUUCUUCACCACAGCAGUGUUUCAGCAGCAGUUCCUCUACACGGGAGAACUAAUGCCUACUAAUAUACGUAACAUAGCCGUGGGGACCAGCUCUAUGAUAGCUCGGAUAGGCUGCGUUAUAACUCCUUAUAUCAUAACACUUUUGGGUGAUGUGCAUUACGCUCUCCCAUCAACACUCUUCGGUAUCCUGUCAAUGGCGGCUGGUCUUCUAACUCUCCUGCUGCCGGAGACCAACAACACCCUUCUGCCAGAGACCGUAGCUGAGGUGGAGGCCAUGCCCAAGUAGAUUAUGGUCUCCUAGCCAAGGGCGAACGAUACUGUGGCCAAGAGAAUGGAAGGAGGUUGUGGCCAAGAGAAUGGAAGGAGAUUGUGGCCAAGAGAAUGGAAGGAUAUUGUGGCCAAGAGAAUGGAAGGAGAUUGUGGCCAAGAGAAUGGAAGGAGGUUGUGGCCAAGAGGAUGGAAGGAGAUUGUGGCCAAGAGAAUGGAAGGAGAUUGUGGCCAAGAGAAUGGAAGGAGAUUGUGGCCAAGAGAAUGGAAGGAGGUUGUGGCCAAGAGAAUGGAAGGAGAUUGUGGCCAAGAGAAUGGAAGGAGGUUGUGGCCAAGAGGAUGGAAGGAGAUUGUGGCCAAGAGAAUGGAAGGAGAUUGUGGCCAAGAGAAUGGAAGGAGGUUGUGGCCAAGAGAAUGGAAGGAGAUUGUGGCCAAGAGGAUGGAUAAAGGUUGUGGUCAAGGGUAUUGAAGGUGGAUGUGCCCAAGGGAAUGAAGGUUGUAGGUAAGAGAAGGAAGAAGAAUGUGGCCAGGAAAAUAAAGAACUGAAAUUAUGGUACAGACCAAAAAUAUGGUACAGACCUAAAAUUAUGGUGCUAGACUAUAUCAUUUCGCCAUAAAUUCACACAAAAAUAAUUAUCUCCACUAGAUUAACAUCAAGUCAACUACAACUAUAAAACAAUUUCUUAUUCUUUCACCAACAAGAUAAUAUACACUUACCUUUACCUAAGAACAUAAUUAAAGGUGUGUUAAUUACAUAGGUAAGUACACUUGGUUGCCUAAAGUCAACAGGUGUUUUGUAAAUAGUAGUGGGGUCAUUCUCACCUCUUUUGCUAUAAUUAGUAAGAAAAAAGAAUUUAUAACUGGGAACUAUAUCAUACGGGAGCAAUGUGGCAUAAUUAAGGAAUUGAGUGCUUUAAUUAUUUAUGUAUAACGAUUGAUUGGAGUUGAUUGGUGUGUGUGUGUGUGUGUGUGUGUGUGUGUGUGUGUGUGUGUGUGUGUGUGUGUGUGUGUGUGUGUGUGUGUGUGUGUGUGUGUGUGUGUGUGUGUGUGUGUGUGUGUGUGUGUGUGCGUGCGUGCGUGGUAAUAAUUCAUGUUAGAAACUUUGUCCACUGAGAUGAUAUAGGAAGGUAAAACGAGUUGCUAUAUAUUUCUAAAGUUAAAAAGAAGAAGAAAAGGUAUUAUAGUUUAUAGGAUUCGUUUCUCUUAACGUGAUGAAGUAAUAUUAUGCUUGAGUUAUUGUUUGUGAGUCUUUGGUAAGGUCCUCCUCCAGUGAGUCUUUGGUAAGGUCCUCCUCCAGUGAGUCUUUGGUAAGGUCCUCCUCCAGUGAGUCUUUGGUAAAGUCCUCCUCCAGUGAGUCUUUGGUAAGGUCCUCCUCCAGUGAGUCUUUGGUAAGAUCCUCCUCCAGUGAGUCUUUGGUAAGGUCCUCCUCCAGUGAGUCUUUGGUAAAGUCCUCCUCCAGUGAAUCUUUGGUAAGGUCCUCCUCCAGUGAGUCUUUGGUAAGGUCCUCCUCCAGUGAGUCUUUGGUAAGGUCCUCCUCGAGUGAGUCUUUGGUAAGGUCCUCCUCGAGUGAGUCUUUGGUAAGGUCCUCCUCCAGUGAGUCUUUGGUAAGGUCCUCCUCCAGUGAGUCAUAUACCUUAUGUUAGGAAGGCCAAGAUUGAAGGUUGAGGUGGAUACUAAAGAGCUAAGACCCUUCUUAAACGUGAGUCAGCCGAUGAGUCACGUGAGUCAGCUAUGGUGUCACGGGUGUUAGCUGUAACAUGAUUCACGUGACUCAUCUUAUAGCUGACUCACGUGACUCAUCUUAUAGCUGACUCACGUGACUCAUAGCUAACUCACGUAACUCACCUUAUAGCUGACUCACGUGACUCAUCUUAUAGCUGACUCACGUGACUAAUCUUAUAGCUGACUCACGUGACUCACCUUAUAGCUGACUCACGUGACUCAUCUUAUAGCUGACUCACGUGACUCAUAGCUAACUCACGUAACUCACCUUAUAGCUGACUCACGUGACUCAUCUCAAGGUGUGACGUGGAUGUGAAUAACUCGCUUUGUAUACAUCUAAAUUAUUAUUUAAUUUUCCGUUAAAACUAUUUAUCAUAAGUUUACACCGUUCACUGCAUACUGCACUGUACACUGUAAAAUUGUCGCCCUGUGCAUAUUGCGCAUUUUAUUCAUUAAAAUUUAUAACAAUUCCACGCUUUGUAAUUUAUAAAAAAGUCCAAUAAAGAAUAUAUUAUUUACAA